CCUCCACACCCAAAGCCUUGCUCAUCUCCUAUCAUUCCCUCCCUUGUGCCAUCUGCUCUGCUCUGCUCUCUAGCUAGCAACUCAAUUCCAUUUGCAUGCCCUGCCUACACACAUCUUACAUCUCUUCACUACUACCUCAACACUUACCACUCCACCCUAGCUAAGCUAAGAUAACAAGUUAGCUUCACCUCCAUCACAAAUCAUCAAUUGCUUCUGUUUGAUCCCAUCACCAUGGGCGAGCAAGUAGCCACCAAGGAGGAGGCCAACAAGGAAGAAUCACCUGCACCCGCCGCCGCACCUGAAGCUGCACCGGCACCGGCACCGGCAGAGGAGAAGAAGGACGAGGCAGCAGCCGACCAAGACCCAAAGAAGGAGGAACCACCAGCAGCCGACCCACCGUCCCCUCCGCCGCCGGUGCCGGUGAUCCUGGGCGUCGAGGUGCACUGCACGGGCUGCGCCAAGCGGAUCAGGCGCUCCCUCCUCCGCUGCAAGGGCGUCGAGGCCGUCCACGUCGACAUGUCCGCCAACCAGGUCACCAUCAAGGGCGCCGUCGACCCGCAGGCCCUCUGCGACCGCCUCCGCGCCAAGACCAAGCGCGACGCCACCCUCAUCUCCCCUCUGCCACCUCCUCCGCCGGCCGAGGGCGAGGAGCCUCCGCCGCCCCCUCCUCCGGCACCGCCGCUCGUCAGCGAGGCCCGCACAGUGGAGCUGCUCGUCAACAUGCACUGCGAGGCCUGCGCGCAGCAGCUGCAGACCAAGAUGAUGAGGAUGAAGGGGGUGGUCAGCGCUCAGACGGACCUCGCCGCCGGGAGGCUCACGCUCAGUGCCACCGUGGAGGACGAGAAGAUUGUGGAGUACAUCCACCGACGGACUGGGAAGAUCGCCUCCGUCGUGCCGCCGCCGCCUCCGGAGCCGCCCAAGGAGGAGGAACCACCAGCUCCUGCUGCUGAUGCUGAGCCACCAAAGGAUGAAGCACCAGCCGACGGCAAGAAAGAAGAGGCCGGCGACAACAAGGCGGCUGAAGACGGCAAAGGAGCUGCAGAGGCCGGGGAGGAGAAGAAGGAAGGUGCCGGCGAGGAGGACCAGAAGCCGGGGAAGCAAGAAGGUGUGGCGGUGGACGGCUUCCCGCCGGAGGAGAUGAUGAAGCGGAUGGUCUACUGGCCCUACGGCGGCGCACCCGGCGGCGGCAUCCACUACAAGCUGCAUCCGGCCGACGCCGAGGACGCCAUGAUGGCCAGGAGGAUGGCCAUGCACGCCAUGCCGCCACCUAUGCCGCCGCCGCCGCACCACCACCACCACAACCCCUACGCCAUGAUGCACCAGCAGUGGGCGCCUCCACCGCCGCCGCCACCUCCGGGGAUGCCGAUGUACAACAGCUACAACUACGGCAGCAGCUACAUGAUGGAGCGGCCGCCGCGGAUGUUCAGCGACGAGAACCCCAACUCCUGCGUCAUCUCCUAGUCCUAGCUAGCUCGGAUCGAUGGAUGGAUCACCACAUGGGCCAUGGCAUGGAUAUGAGCUGAGCAUGUGAGCUUGGCCGGAUUAUUGGACCAUCCUCCAUAUACAUUUCUAUACUCCGAUUAUGUACUGCUGCGUAAUUAUAAGCAGUAGUUAUUGUACUAUUAGCGACGAAAUUAAAGGACAUUGGUCACGCUUGUAAGAUCGAUCGAUGAGGAUGUUAAGUAUAGUAUAUGCACCAACCGAAAAAUCAAUGGAUCGCCCCACUUUUAGUUGGCGAACAAUUCGAUGUA